AUGGAACCAACAAUAUGUUUUCGUCUAUGCGAUAGACCGAUAAUUUAUCUUCAGAAAACAGUUUGCCGAUGUUCAGGUGGAGGACUCAUGGACCAAAGUCGCCAGAACGAUAAAAUGUGCUCAUUUUCAUGUACAAAACCUGUCGACCGUGCAGUGAAUACAUUCAAUACAUGUGGUGGCCCGUCGGCGUAUUCCGCUUAUGUUCAAGAGAAGUUCUACAGCUUACAUGGACAUUUAUUUAACUAUCGGAUCGAUUUUUCUGCUUGUGAACUCUGGAAAAGCUCCGAUGUUUACGAUACUUAUUCAAUUCGAUUAACUGGUGUUGCUGUUCGAUCCUCCUUGAACAAGUUAGAACAGUGCGCUGCGGCAUGUUUAGAUCAGAAUGCAACCACGAAAUCCAUCGCAUUCAACGGUGAUAAUGAUAAAUGCCUAUGCGUAUUGCCGCUACAAUCCAAUCGAUACUUCCAACGCAUGCAUUACACGACGUCUUUACCAAACACUUCGUGCGAUCUUUAUUGUAAUAAUACAGCUGAGGGUUCGAAAACAAUGCCGAAAUAUAAAUGUGGUUCGACGAACAGUUCUCAAAUUUGGGCCAUUUAUGAACUGAACGGUACGUGUCCGUUAAAUUUUGCUUAUAUCAAAGAUUUGAACAAAUGUAUUUAUACGUACAAAAACUUCUGGAAUCAGUGCACACCCCCGGCGACGAUAUACACUUUCGAUGGGAGUGUAAGUUGGAAACGAUUUUUAGAUAUGAUUUCAACGCUUAAUUUGGCUAAUUCCACUGUAACUGUUGAUUUCGAUGAGGGUGUUGUGAUUGAUCCGUCGUGGAAAUGUUCAGUGGCAAUAUUAAAUUCUAAUUCUUCAACAUCAAUGUCAUUAUCAGCCUGGCGAUCGUAUUUAUCACAUUCACGAUCAAGUUUGUAUGGAUGGAGUACGAGUACACGAUACAUUUUAGAAAAUGGAUGUCUAACUGAGAGUUCGCAUUCAUCCUAUUCGCAUCGGUAUUCACAUCGCAUAUGUGUAGCGGAUCCGAUUGAUAGAUAUUCAUUGAACGCUGAUGAGGGUAAUGAAACCUACAUAGCUGCCGUGAAUCCGACACAGAAAUUCUGUCCAACAAAUUGGUUCGAUCUGAAUGGACGUUGCUAUCGAAUGUCAGAUGAACGAAAGACAAUUGAACAAGCACGAAAUAGUUGUAUUAGUGUGUCAUCGAAUCCAUCGAAAUCGACAGAUAAACCUCAAAUCUGGUUACUAGAUAGCAAUGGCAAUGUCAUUGGAAAUGAAGAACAAAAUGAAUCGCCUUUCGGUGAAGUUGUUGAAUAUGCCUCGAUCUGGCAAGCAAGACUCGGAUUCUUCCUUCUCGACACAGAUCCUGACAGUGAUGAUAGUAGCACUGUGUCGACAUCGACAGUACAUAAUCUUUUCUAUGAUGACUCUUUGAUUUCCUCGGAUACGAACGAAACCGUAGAUAUCGAUCACGGUGCCAUCAAUGAGUUUCAGGCAGUUGAUGAUUAUGAUGAUGAUGAAAGUACACGCGCUAGUGCGAAUAAUACAUGUGUUCUUAUCACACGUUCAGUUAGUGAAGAAGAAGAACGACCAAUCAUUCAAAGUACUCCAACGAAGAAUUGCUCAACACCACGACAUGUUUUAUGCGAAGCAAAUACAUUAAUUGUACAAAACUUUCAAUACAAUUGUUUAAGUAAACCACAAACUCUCGAUGUACCAAGUUUAAUAUCGAAUCAAUUAACACAUGAAUUGUGUUUAUCAGUAUGCCAAGAACUACAAGCUAAAUUAGCAGUUUUAAACACUGAUAAAUGUUACUGUUUGAAUGGUGCUGAUUCAGAGUCAAUGAAUAUAACCGCUGACUUUCAACAAUAUGAAAAAAAGUUCUGUGGAAAACCUUGUCCAGGCAACUCUCAUGAGAUCUGUGGCGACGAUGAUACAAUUGUCGUGUUCCAAAUUCUGAAUUCGCGUCGUACGUUCACAUUCAGUCGUACACCUGCUGAACCCCAUCCGAAUUAUAUUUACGACGGUUGCGUACAGUUAAUUUCAUUCAAUCGAUCAGUCACAUAUCAGUUCGCUUUGAAUGAUGUUCGCCAUUAUCAUCCAAAGUAUUGUUUAGCAUUAUGUACGAAAUAUAAACAGAAAUAUGCAUUGAUUAACAAUCGUAUAUGUCUAUGUACGAAUAAACAAAUGAAAGGUGAACAAGACGAUGUGAAAAAAUUAACUGGACAAACUUGCAAUCGACAAUGCCAGGGAAAUUACUUUUACACAUGCGGAAGCAAGGAAAACUCGACUGUUUACUCUAUGUAUAUCUUGAAACCAAAAUGUAUCCAUGGUUUUGAAACUGCAGAAAACAAUCAACAAUGUGUGUAUACACAUUUUUCGACGAAAACGAGUUCUCUUGUCGCAGCACAAACCUAUUGUCAAUCACUAGGUAGUAAAUUGGCAAAAAUCAAUGAACUUGUUGAAAUUCAAGACAUUUUGCCCGAAUCGAUUCUGCACACGCGUCUUAUGCGACAAUUACUUAUAACCUAUAAAUUUAAAUUUGUUAAUGAUACUCGCUACUAUUGGAUUGAUCGAACAAAUGAUACGCCCGACCCAAAUUCCAUAUCAGAACGCUUACUCGGACAAUGUGUGCAAAUGCCUGAGAUUGUUGAUCGCAACUGUAUUGCUAUACAGUACAUACCCAGUUCGAAUCAAAGUAGAAUAAGCCAUGAAAGAUGUAUCAGUGAAUCAAAUGCUUGUUCAACACAAACAGCGAUGCCCGUGUGUGUUGAUCAACAUUUAGAACCACAAAUAUCUGCGGUUCCACCGAUAACCAAGGAGGACCCAGCAGAUGUAUCAGCAAAUAUUACGACUUUUCAUUCAUGUGACGAUGAAACAGGUGAAUAUCAUUUGGUCGAUGACUACUGUUACAAAAUCAACCCACAUGAAGUUAGUUGGAAUGAUGCCAGAGCGGAAUGUCAACGCGAUAAUGCAGUACUGUUUGUUCCGGAGAAAUCCGUCACUUUACAAUAUAUCAAAUCCUUAUAUAUUCGUCAACGAUCCUAUACAUCAUCCGGCCAUGCACAUGUCGGUGUUUUCUAUGAUUACAACAAUCGAACUGUGAUUCAGUACAAUGCUGAUGAUGAAGAUAAUCGACUGGUUCUCCCAGAUUCAAAUGCUAUUUAUGAUCUAUGUGAAAAGACAUUUCAAGAACGGUAUGAGGCAGUGAUGUCGUCAUUCAGUUUAACAACAACGGAAAAAAACCAAAUUAAAAAACAACAAAUUGGUUGUGCAUAUAUUGAUCUAACGUCAAGUGCAGUGCCAGCAAUUCGAUGCGAUGAAAUUCCCUGUAAUCGAACAGCAGCUAUCAUUUGUCAAAAGGCGCCCAUAUCCAUAUCGAGUAUCAUUGUCGCAAAACGUAAAUAUUCAAUGAAGCCUUCAACUAGUAAUGAUACCAAAUCACCAUCAGCAUCGACAAUAUCAACAGGAAGUUCUGACGAUAACAAAGACGACGACGACGACGACGACGAUGACGAUGAUGAUCAAACAUCAACAAUAGCAUCGUCCGGUGCUCAAAGUGAUAGCACUGCAUCAUCACAAUUGAGGUCAAUUGGGCGAGACUUUGCUCCAUUGUUUUUCAUUUUAGCUAUUCUGUUUGCCUUCAUACUUCUCGGUUUUCUAAGUGUGAUACACAAUCGUCGUGGUAUGCUAUUUGGUCGUUCUAAUCGUCGUCCGACUAAUUCUGUUUAUUCACAAUUAACCUCUGCGAAUGAAUUUGAUUUAAAUUGA